GCCACCACCUCUUUCUGCCGGCUGUGCAACUUUCCCCCACCGCCUAGAGUGUGAUGUUGGACAUGGGCGAUAGGAAGGAAGUGAAAAUGCUGCCCAAGUCGUCCUUCAGCAUCAACAGCUUGGUCCCCGAAGCCGUCCAGAGCGACAACAACCACAGCCACCACCACCACAACAACCACCACCCGCACCACCACCACCAUCACCACCACCACCACCACCAUCACGGCCAGCAGCAGCAGCAGCCGCCCCAGAGGGCGACCCCGGAUGAGGACGACGACGAGGAAGAGAAGAACCAGCUCCUGCUGCAGCCUCCCGGGGUGGGGGUCGGUGUGGCGGCGACCACCGCCGCCGCCUCUGGCGCCGCCGCCACCUCUGGCCCCAUGGAAGUGUCCAAGGGGGACCUCUUGGGCGGCAAAGGGGAGCCCGGCUCGGCAGGCGAGCUGGACGACAACAAGGAGAAAGGUCCGGCGUCCGAGGAGAAAAAGGGCCCGUCGGAAGGGACCAAGGACGGCGGCAGCGACGGCGGGGGCAAGGAAGGCGAGAAGAAGAACGGCAAAUACGAGAAGCCACCGUUCAGCUAUAACGCGCUUAUCAUGAUGGCUAUCCGGCAGAGCCCCGAGAAGCGCCUGACCCUCAACGGCAUCUACGAGUUCAUCAUGAAGAACUUCCCUUACUACCGGGAGAACAAACAGGGCUGGCAGAACUCCAUCCGCCACAACCUCUCACUCAAUAAGUGCUUCGUCAAGGUGCCCCGGCACUACGACGACCCGGGCAAAGGCAACUACUGGAUGUUGGACCCUUCCAGCGACGACGUCUUCAUUGGAGGCACCACGGGCAAGCUCCGACGGCGCUCCACCACCUCGCGGGCCAAGCUGGCCUUCAAGCGGGGUGCCCGCCUCACCUCCACCGGCCUGACCUUCAUGGACAGGGCGGGCUCCUUGUACUGGCCCAUGUCGCCUUUCCUGUCCCUCCACCACCCGCGGGCCAGCAGCACUUUGAGCUACAACGGGACCACGUCGGCUUACCCCAGCCACCCCAUGCCCUACAGCUCCGUCUUGACUCAGAACUCCUUGGGAAACAACCACUCCUUUUCCACGUCCAACGGCCUGAGCGUGGAUAGACUCGUCAACGGCGAGAUCCCCUACGCCACGCACCACCUCACGGCUGCCGCGCUGGCCGCCUCGGUGCCCUGCGGCUUGUCCGUGCCCUGCUCCGGCACCUAUUCCCUCAACCCCUGCUCCGUCAACCUUCUGGCGGCGGGACAGACCAGUUACUUUUUCCCCCACGUCCCGCACCCGUCCAUGACUUCGCAGAGCAGCACCUCGAUGACGGGGCGGGCCGCCUCAUCGUCCACUUCGCCGCAGGCGCCCUCCACUCUCCCCUGCGAGUCCCUCAGACCGUCCUUGCCCAGUUUUACCACGGGACUGUCGGGUGGACUUUCUGAUUAUUUCACACAUCAAAAUCAGGGUUCUUCCUCCAACCCGUUAAUACAUUAACCUCCAAGGGGAAGUCAAGAGACUGUAAGUGAACAUUUUACACACCUUUACCUUGUAAAUGCUAAUGGAGCGAGAGAGCGAGAGCGAGAGAACGAGCGAGAGAGCGAGCGAGAGACUUUUAAAAAAUGAGCAAAACAGAAAGGAGGAAAAAAAAUACUCACCCAGGAAAAAAAAAAAAGUCCAGGUAUUUUUUAUUAAGUUUCUUCCCCCUAUCCUCUAACCCCCAUUUUCUGUACGUUUGUUCAAGUCUUUAGGGUCGUUUCUUAUUCCAACCAAGCGAGGCGAGUCAGCAAAUGUGCAAAAAUAACAAUAAUAAUAAUAAAAUCAGAAGGAUACAUUGUAGACGAUGCAGUUUUGGGAAGGGUUUAAAUAAAUAAAUAAUAUUAAUAAUAAGAUAGUAGAAGGUAUAUCUAAACUAGUGACUGCUUUUUUGGCCGUUUGGACUUCGCUUUGACACCGGUGUGUUGGGGUUGUUGUUGUUUUUUCCCUCCUCACGCCGACCCACCAGAUUUUCCAUGUUUGCAGUAUUAUAAGUUAUCAUGGAUGUGAUGGUGGGUGCAGACCAUGAGAGUAAAAUUAAAAUUUAAUCAUGAUAAUAAUAAAUUGAUGAACGCCGCGAUGCAAAGUGUCAUUUGCGUGGUGGAAGCAGAACAAUUAGGCAGAGAAACUCAAUAAUUGCAUUUUGGCCCUGGAUUCUUUUGUUCUCUACUCCCUCCCCUUUUAAAAAAGAGCUAAUCCCCCCCUUUUUUGUUUUCCUUUUGUUUACUUUUAGACCAAAGAUUGGGUUUUUAGAAAAUGCACUCAGUGUACGAAAUGGGUUUUUUAAUAAAAUAAAAUACAGCAAAUCAGAACAAGAAGGAUAUCAUUUCAGUUUUGCAGCACUGCCCGUUCAAAUGAAUCCGAGGGGACAAAAAUUCAUGAAUUGCCUUCAGUUUGUGUUGUGUAUAUUUUGAUGUAUGUGGUCACUAACAGGUCACCUUUAUUUUUUUUUAAUGUAGUGAAAUGUUAAUACCUAUUGUACUUAUAGGUAAACCUUGCAAAUAUGUAACCUGUGUUGCGCAAAUGCCGCAUAAAUUUGAGUGAUUGUUAAUGUCGUCUUAAAAAAAAAAUCUUGAUUGUGAUACUGUGGUCAUAUGCCCGUGUUUGUCACUUACAAAAAAAAUGUUUACUAUGAACACACAGAAAUAAAAAAUAGGCUAAAUUCAUAUAUA